CGGACAUAAUAAAAUUUAGUGAAAUGUUUAUGAAAAGUACCAGAAAGUUAAGAACUCCGUUGACAUUUAUAGCUGGUUUGAUAAUUGGGAGCUUAUUUUUAAAAUGUAAAACAAAUCAAUAUAACAGUUCUAUGAUCACUGUUACUAGACCGGAGCAGCAUUUAAAGUCAAUCGCUCAAGAAGAGAACACUUUAAUUAAUCGAAGCUUUACUGACGAACCAGAAAUUAGAGCACAUCAACUCCAGAACUUAUGUAGAAAGCUUAAAGACAUUGGACAUAUUCCCAUAGCAAUACCGAGAAAUAGUUACCAGUAUAUGUAUGUAAAUGACGAGUACAAAUUUAUAUUUUGUAUGAUGCCGAAAUUGGCAUGUACAAACUGGAAAAGAAUAUUUCUAGCGUUGAGUGAUAAGUUUCCAAAUAAAGACUUCGUUUUUAAUAAAAUGUGGUCUGGUGAUGUGCAUGAUACCUGGGCAAAAUAUGGAAACACCCUGGACAAAUAUUCAUUUCCUGAAAUUCAGAAAAAGCUGCAAACAUACAAGAAACUCGUGUUUGUUCGUGAUCCUUUUGAAAGACUACUCUCAGCUUUUAAAGACAAAAUGUUUCGAAAAGACUCGACGGUCUUUCAAAAUAUUGCAGAAAAAAUAAUCAGAUUUAAGAGAAGUAAAGAAGUAAACCGUAGUGAACCGAUAAAAUUUGUUGAGUUCGUUAAAUAUUUGACUGACCCAGAUACUUUUGAGUUAUCUUAUGAACAGCACUGGGCAAAAUAUCAAUAUCUAUGUCAACCUUGUUUGAUGAACUAUGAUUUUGUCGGUAAAUUUGAAACAAUCAAAAAUGACAUUAGAAAGGCUUUCGGAUACAUGGGAAUUAAAAUAUUCAAUGAGACAGUUUUCCCCGACAGAAGCGUAUCUUACAAAAAUACAGAAAGUUCCAAAAUCACUCAAACAUUUUACAACAAAAUACCUAAAAUCUAUCUGAAAAAACUAUGGCAUCUGUAUAAAUUUGAUUAUCAGAUAUUUUCUUACCAAACGCCAGAAUAUGUGUCAGGCAUCGAUGAAUACAAAUAAUGUUAAUAUAAAAGAUUUUUGUUAAUCGACAAUGAUACUUGUGUGCCUUUCUGUAUGUCUGCAAUAACAAGUGAUUACUGUAAUUGAAUUACAUUCUUUAUUCAUGUCACUUUCAUUGGAACAAAUAUAAUUACAUUUAACAUGCAUAUAAAAAUACAGAUGUCUUAUAGACAACAAAGUCCUCAUUAUGUGAAUUAAUUAUUUAUCAUUGUGCGUAGAUUUUCGUGGAUUUCCAACGAACUUCUAAAAAAUACAGACAAUGAUUGAAAUGAAUAUGAUUAAAAAGCGAGAGAAUAGAGAAAGGGGGCAAUCGAAAUUCAUAAGUCCAAUAAAAACAAACACUGUGGCCAAAAGUGAAAACAAUGAAAAGAAAACACACCCAGUUUUGGUGGGGUUCGUGUUGCUCAGUCUUUGGUUUUCUACGUUGUUUUGUGUACUGUUGUUUGUCUGUUUGUCUUUUUUCCUUUUUAGCCAUGGCGUUGUCAAUUUAUUUUCGAUUUAAGAGUUUGAAUGUCCCUUUGGUAUCCUUCGCCUCUCUUUUUCAACAAUAAUAGAACGUUACACAAAAAAUUAAAGAUUGAGCGACACAAACCCCAACAAAUACCGAGGGAAAUCUCGGGUGCUCAGUAAGCAGUUUCUGCUCUACCUGUCGUUUUUAUCAUGCAAGUACAAACCCAGCAAUGGGUCGCAUUCGGGAAUGUCAUAUUUGAGCAAUAGAGGAAUGACAAUUGGAACAUAUGCGUGGUCAUCUGUGACGUAGAUAUUCCAUAAUGGUUAGCCAAAAUUGUAAUGGCGUCCAUAAAACUUUCGAAUGAAUGACUUCAAUUUUACCACUUGGAACCCUUGAUGCAAUAGCUUCAUUAACCAUCUAUCAAAGAAAUCAUAGGAAAUAAGUUGCUUUUAUAUAAGUACACAGGAACAUAUAAAUUGACGGGACCUUACACUACCUAAUUAUAGUUAGAUAUACUGUUCCCAGAAGUACAUGAUAUAUCAGAGUAAACUAUCUUCAAAUCCAAAUUUUAACUACAAGAAUAAAGUGUAUUUAUCUUUUUUGUUACAUAAUCAUUUUAUCAAAUGAAAACAGAGUGUUUAUAAAUAUCAUUUGAUUCGAUAAAAUAUUUUUUUAACUGAAGUUAAAGCAAAUUUGAUUUUUUUUCUUCUAUAUUGUUAACAGUCCGUAGAACAUUAGACUGAUACGCAAUUGAGGGUAAAAAUAUAUAAGAAGAUGUAGUAUGAGUGCCAAUGAGACAACUCUCCAUCCAAGUCACAAUUUGUAAAAGUAAACAAUUAUAGGUCAAAGUACGGCCUUCAACACGGAGCCUUGGCUCACACCAAACAGCAAGCUAUAAAGGGCCCCAAAAAUGACUAGUGUAAAACCAUUCAAACAGAGAAACCAACGGUCUAAUCUACAUAAAAAACGAGAAACGAGAAAUACUUAUGAACCAAAUCAACAAACGACAACCAUUGAACAUCAGGUUCCUGACUUAGGACAGGUGCAAACAAAUGCAGCGGGUUUAAACGUUUUAAUAGGCGCCAACAUUCACCCUACCUGAAACAAUAGUGUAACAUCACAACAUAGAAAAAUCAUUUCUGAUAUAGCAAUAAACAAUAUAAUUUAUAAAAGCAUAGAAAAAAGUAUGUUAUGUCUUUUCUUGAACACAAAACGUAUCUUUGUAAGAAAAAAAAUGUUUUCGGAGUUUGGAGAAAAAAAAUAUAUAACGUAUAAGAUCAUAUAAAUCAGAGUGCUUAAACAGGACAGCCAAAUGAGUUAUAACCUUAUUUACUCUGUAAUUACACAAUUCAUAAACUGAAAAUUUACAAGCAAAAUGUAUCAUUUAUACCAUUAAAAUUACAUGCCUCGUAUAAAUGAUUUAUCUACGCAACCCAUCGACUUAUUCAUGAAAAAUUACAAAUGUAAUGUAUACAAUAUCAUACAGCACGUGUUCGUCAUACUUGACAAUCUAAUGAGCUUGUUUUAAAGUCUUCAGUGCUCGUUGAUUGGUCCAUUCUGAUAAAGUUUAGUAUCAUUGUAAGAAAUUUUCUGGAAGUUUGAGCCCUUUCUAGGUCACGUGAUGACGAUGUACCGUAUUGUUCAUCUUCUAUAUUGGGAAUCAUUGGACACUGUACGGCU